GUCAGUGCGUCGUCUCUAUGGUGGCGGCGGAUUCGGAGGGACCUGAAGAUCGCCCGUCAGGCAAGACAGACUUGGGGGUGAAGGUGGAGGGGGUUGCAGGUGUGACCUCUGACCUUGGCGUGGAUUUGCAGGAUGUACCUCCGCGAGCGCUCCAUCCCACUUCGCGGCUCUGCCGCCGCCCUGUCUAACAACCUCAGUGUGCUGCAGCUUCCAGCCCGUGAUCUCACGCAUUUUGGAGUGGUUCAUGGACCUAGCGCCCAGAUUCUCAGCGCUGCCUCUGAGGGUGUGCCCUUGGCCCAGCGCCAGCUCCAAGUCAAAGUGGGCGUUGGAGUGAGCCCCCCACUUAUCACUCAGGUCCACUGGUGCGUCCUCCCUUUCAGAGUAUUGCUGGUUCUCACCUCACAUCGAAGGAUACAGAUGUACGAGUCUGAUGGCUCCGUCAUGGUCUAUUGGCAUGCCUUGGAUUCAGGAGACGCGUCUUCAGCACAGGCCAUGUUUGCCCGAGGAAUCGCUGCCAGCGUUCACUUCAUCUGUGUGGGAACAUGGUCCGGCCGGGUACUGGUGUUUGACAUCCCUGCUAAGGGUCCCAACAUUGUACUUAACGAGGAGCUGGUGGGGCACCAGACAGCAAUCACAGACAUCGCCACUGAGCGUGCGCAGGGGCAGAAGCAAAGAGGCAGGCAUGGCUUCCCUUCCCCUCUUGCCCUGGACCCUGGGCCACACAGACUUUCUCCUCAGGAUGGUGUUGCUGACAUGGUGACAGCUGAUGACUCAGGUGUUCUCUGUGUCUGGAGGUCAGGAACUGUGUUCACAUUACUGACCCGAAUACCAGGAUUCGGGGUCCCGUGCCCCUCUGUGCAGCUGUGGCAGGGGAUUGUAGCCGCAGGGUAUGGCGAUGGGCAAGUGCGUCUGUAUGAUGCCACUACUGGAGCGCUCCACGUCCAGAUCAGUGCCCAUGCCCGGACCGUCACUGCCCUGGACCUAGCUCCAGAAGUGGGCAAGCUACUCUCUGCAGCUGAGGACACCUUUGUGCACAUCUGGAAGCUGAGCAGGAACGCAGAGAGCGGCUCCAUUGAGGUUGAACACUGCCACGGGGAAUGCAUUGCUGAUACCCAGGUGUGUGGGGCUCGGUUCUGUGACCCAUCAGGCAGCUCCUUUGCGGUGACAGGUUACGAGCUUGCUGAGAUCCUGAAGUUCAGCAGUGUCUGACAGAGGAGCAACCUUCCCUCCUCCCUUGGUAUUUAUAAAGUAUCCCUC